AUGAGUCAAAGUUUUAUUAAAACCAAACAAUGCAAGGAAUUGGAAGAAAGUGUAAAUCAAUACAAAGAAAAAGUGAAAAAAAUUAAAGAUACAGCGAAGACAAUCUUGGAAUCAAUUGAAAAUACUAGUGGAAUUGAACUUUUUCGUUCGUCAUGUAAAGCCACAGGAACUCUUGGAUUGACAACUGUGGGUGUCUUACCGACAGGUUGUGUUGGACUUAUUUUUCCACCUGCCUUGAUUCCAAUCGGUGCAGCUGUGGGUACCAGUUUUCUUGGGAUGAUGGGUAGUGCAAUUACCAUGGGUGUUACAGAUUUAGUUACCGGAGCUUCUGCCAAAAUUGACAGAUGGAUGAAUGAACUAUACGAUAUAAAGUAUCAAUGGAUUGCUGCAAACAAUACUCUGUUAAAAGAGAUGUGCAAAAUACAAGAUGUUAUGAAUCAGUCCAGAAGAGAAUUGGAUGGAUCUUCAUUGACGGAAGACCAAAAAGAAAACGUUUCGCUUGUUACCGUUUUUGCCGUUUUGGAUAGUGGGAGAACAAUUAUAAGUGAAUUACCGAAGUUUAAAGACUUGCCGGAUAGCGGAAACUUCAUAAAAGCAGUGAAAUUUGUUUCAAGUUUCAUCUUCGGAGCAGCAGCUAUUUUGGAAGUUGCAACCAAAAUAUGUGAUCCAUUAAUGGUCGAUAAAGAUGUUAGAUCGUAUGCCACAGCUUUAGUUAUGCAGAUGAAUGAAGAACUGGACAGAUGUAAGGAGUGCAUAAAUUAUAUCGAACGUCUCGACCAUGAAAUACGACUUCGUCAACUCGAAGAUAAGUGUUUGAACUCCAACUCCAAUCUCUGGUAA